GGCACCUUGAGCCGCUGCGUUUUUCGUUCCGCCGGGAAUGCCGCUUUUCGCGCCCGCAACGCACGGAUUCGACCCCCGCUCGCGAGAAUUCAGCCUUUGAAUGUUCCGCCACACGGAGGCCUGCUGAGAAGACUACUUGUGGCCACUGCCGGCCGGCGGCCGUGAGAUGCAGGGCGUCGGCCGCGGUCUGGCAUGCUGACCUGCGCCGACACGCCCCUACCGACUCUGCACACGCUGGCGCCGGGUCUACUGUUCACCUGUCACGUGUCCCGACGGUCGUCCGAAGCGCGCUCCGGGGCGCGUAAUGCCGCUCUGACGCCGCCGAUCGCCACUGUUGCAGACCCACCACGGAACGCGGCGAAGCGCAUACCGCGUCGCCCCAGUACGUGCGCGCGUACAUCUCCCAAGUCUGCGCAGGCGGUGGCCGUUCCCGCGCUGAGUGUCGUUACGACCAGCCAGGACUCGGCGCCAAGGACGCCACGAAGCGACGCCGAGCAGCUGCUGCAGGCGCCGGCCGCCCAGCCUGGAGCUACGACGCCAUUCCGGGACACAACAGAAGCCGAUGGCGAGCGCACCCCUAAGCAGCCGGCCGCGGUCAGUCCCGGUGGCGCGCACGAGAUCGGCUCCAAGGCCGGCUCUCCGAUGCGCAGAAAUUCACCGCCAGCUGUCCCAGGUCCCUCUGGAGUCGCAGCGCAGGGCACGACUCCGGCGCAGCAGCCCACGUCUCCUGCCGACGAACCCGCGGCGGGUGUGAAGGGGGAGCCCGAGGAUUCGAACUCGUUGAAAUGGAUGUCGACCAAAGAGCCUGGCGCGAGGGUGAAGCGGCGAGACGACGAGGAGUCGUCCGCCGGCCCGUCGCACGUGCAGCUGCAGUCUCCUGCCGCUAGUCCCAUCGCGCCCAAGAAGCGCAGCCAGCGGCUGUCCCAUGCCGCGGUCGCCGACACCAGGAAGUCCUCGGGCGGCGGCUCGCGCACCGAGUUCUGCGGUAUCCUGUCGGGGCUUCUGGGCAGGUUUAGAAUCAAGUCGAUCUCGUUGGGCGAUGUGGACGAAGUGACGUUCUGGAAGAACCCGGGCGAGUCCGGAGACUGGCACCUGGGCUUCCUGCAGCAGCUGCACGUUCUCGGGAAAGGCAGCUUCGGCGUCGUCUACCUCGUGCGCCACAAGCUAACCAAGGAGCUCGCUGCGCUCAAGUGUAUCGAGAAACACCACCGCGAACAGGUCAAGGAAGCCCGACGCGUGGAGGCUGAACGUUUGGCAUGGCAAGCAGUUUCGCACCACCCUUACGUGGCUACGUUAAAGGCCUACUACGAGACUACGAAAGCGUGGUGCUUCGUCAUGGAGUACGUGCCCCGAGGCACUCUUAGUCAAAUCAUCCGACGGUCGGGACCCUUGCCAGAAAGCAAGGCCAAGGUGGUGUCUGCUCAGCUGGCCCACGCGCUCAACUUCGUCCACGAUGCCGGCUACCUGCACCGUGACAUAAGUUCAUCGAACGUGCUUCUUGAUGAGCGUGGUAACGCUCGCCUUAUUGACUUCGGCCUCUGCCAGCUAGGACUGGAGGCGAGGAACCGCUGCGGAUCGCUCGCCUACAUGGCACCGGAAGUGCUCCGUAGGGAACACUACGGCGUCGGCGCUGAUUGGUGGUCAUUCGGCAUCGUCCUAUACACCAUGCUCAUCGGUAAAACGCCACUCUCUCAGUACGCCGCCGAGCAGAACAUCAACAUCCAAACAACCAGGAGAGAGCUUCGCUAUUCCAUGGCCCUGGCAGCUCCUCUUCGGUUUCCCCGAUCAUUGACAGACGAAGCGUACAACAUUUUGCAGGAGAUUCUUCGCGAGGAUCCUGCAAUGCGGCUCGGGUGUCGUUCGAGCGGCGGACCCGGCAACGGCGGCUUCCAGGAGAUGAUGCAGCACAAAUUCUUCGCUACCGUCGAGUGGCGGGCGCUCAUAGGAGAUGUACGCCUAAAUCCUCGCACGGUCUUCCGGAACCCAAGAGAAGAAGCUGCAGCUAGCGGAACGCUGCCCGGUCAAGCCACGCGCCAGCGAAGCUUUCUCGACCUGAGGCCGCCGUGCUGGUGCGCGCUGGACGAGACCUGGCAAGCUCACCGCCCGCCCAGGAAGCACCGCGCGCGGAAGCCGGCGUCUCGCUCGCACCAGCCGGGCGACCUGAGCGCGGCCGAGGGACGCCCUAACGGACCGGCCACCGGCUCGCAGAGGCAUCAUCCGGCGCCGCUUGGUCUCGGCAGCUGCAGUGACGUCAAACUCGACUCCCAAGCGGCAGGAGUGACGCAACGCUUGGGACCCAGGACGUGCGCGGCGGCCAGGCGGAGGAAGGCUGCCGCCGAGGCCCGAUGUCGCGACACGCCGCGACGUCCGGUGCCGCCGGACUGGUGCGGCCCGCGGCCGCUGCCCCGUCGGGCGUUGCCGAAGACGUCAUUGCCGCCCGAGACGAGCGAAGCGGAGGGAUUUUUUUAACAAUAAAGGACCACGGUGUA